AUGUCCAAUAGUCAUAAGAAAUUGAUAAUUUUUAACACGAAUUUCGUGAACAACGUAGAUGAAGUCCUGGAGCGUCACAAUGAUUUCUUGGAGUCCUGUCUCGGUGAUUGUAUGCUGACGAGCCCACAGCUGCUCAAGGCGUUCACGACUCUACUUCUUGUUUGCGUGCAAUUUUGCACCUUUAUCCAGGAGAUGCACAAGUACUUCGUGGAUGCAGAGCUUAACAGUAUGCUCGGAACUACGUAUGACAAUACAGAUUAUAUAGAGGAGAACACAUGUGGUACAACGAGCAGUGGAUCAGCCGACUCCUUCUCACAGUCCGUGUCCCGAUACGGCCUUCGUUUUACGGCGGGAUUACUCUCCGUACUCGCUAUUAUUGAGAGGAUGGCCCGCGACAAUAAUACCAACAAACUUCUCAAUAUAUCUGCCAGGUUGAAAUUCAACACAUACUACGCGAAGCAGCUAGAAAAGUUCUGCGCUGACGGCAAGUUCUUAUGUGUUGAUAUGCGCGCCACCUAG